GUAUAAUGUCUUUGACACUUUGCUGACUGACAUCUACCCGCCAUUAUUUGUUUGUAGUUUGUGCUAAACUUUGGCGUCGGUUCAGAACUUAAAAUCUUAUCCUUUGCCAUCUGAAAAUUUGCGGAUAUUAAUUAAUAUUUUAUUUGUUACUGUGAUAUUUCAACAUUAAAUAUGUCUAUUGGUGUUCCUAUUAAAGUACUUCACGAAGCGGAAGGCCAUGUAGUGACUUGCGAAACAAAUACCGGCGAAGUUUACAGAGGGAAGCUAAUAGAAGCUGAAGAUAAUAUGAAUUGUCAAAUGACUUUGGUAACGGUUACAUACAGAGAUGGGCGAGUGGCACAGCUAGAAAAUGUAUAUAUAAGAGGUUCUAAGAUACGUUUUCUUAUAUUACCGGAUAUGUUAAAAAACGCGCCGAUGUUUAAACGACAAGGAAACAAACCAACCGCUGGUCGCGGUAAAAGUGCUAUACUACGAGCUCAAGCGGGUAGAGGUCGUGCUAGCGGUCGAGGUGGAGGACAUCGUGGAGGAUGGCAGGGUGGCUCUGGACCAUCGAGGCGGUAGAAUAUGUAAUCACACUGCCCCUACUGCAGUUUUAGAAGCUACAUUUAUAAAAGAACAUGGUAUAUUUAUUAGCUAUGUAUAAUAAAUAGUGAAAAUGUUUUGUUGUUGUAAGUUUGUACCAAUGACAAAAUUGAAAGUUGCCUUCUAAGUACUUCUUUACAUAAGUUAAAUAACAAACUUUCAAAUUUUAAUUAUACAUAAAUUACUGUUUCCUUAUAAUAUAGGAAUUAUUAGAGUAUACAGGUCAGUUUCUAAGAUAAUGUAAGAGGUGUGAGUGAGUUUUCAAUAAAAAUUAAUAUAAGUA